AUGCCCGGUCUUGUCCCGAAUUCUUUUGGCACCGAGGAAGACUGGUAUGGUCGCAACUCGGACUUUGUCAAGAACAUUCUGCUGCUCGAACAUUUCGUGACGACGACGGCGCCACAACUGCACAAAGCCAACUACGUCGGCCACCGCCUCCCACCGGUGCUUGUUGCUGCUGUCGAUGCCUACCUCUUUGCACCGCGCCCGUCGAUCAUGGCCAAGCACGGCUACCGACAUGUGAUUGACUGCAUUGUACGUGCCGUGACCGACCCAACACUCAACGGGCACACGGUGCUAUGCAUGCGAGUGAAGGUCAUCCAGAGCAUCCUCCACUUGGCGCUCGCGACAAACCGAGUCGACGCGGCAUUUUUUGAGAAAUGUGUCAAACUCUGGGACCUCAAGUUGCUGCCGGCGCUACGGACCCUCCGUACCCGGCAUUGCCCCAACUUUAGCAAGGUCACCCCCUUCGUGAAUGCGUGCGUACCUCCGCCGCGGGCCCACGACACUCGUCUCACCCAACUAUUGGCGCUCCAGCUGGUCUAA